UAAAAUAUGACCACCGUGUUUGGAUCACUGUGUUUGGAUUUCACACGAUGUGUUGUACGGAUACAUUGCUUAUUAUCCGAUACUAUUGUGAAUGAAUCCCAGUUGUCAGUUGUCACUGUAUCCUGGGAACAAACCAUAUCGCUUAUUAUGGAUGAGGCUGAGAAACGGAACAUUGAAAAGCAAUCAACGGCAAACAAGUUAGCAAAACAAUGUGAGACGCUGAGAAAUCAUGAAGACGUAUCGGGUGGUGGUCUUACUAUCACUUUGGCCGUCGGUAGUGGCCAAGUAGAAAUGAGACGUGGUCGCCGAUCCAUGAGGCGUAGGCAGAAGAGAGGCAGGAGCCGGUCCCGGUCCAGUCGCCGUCGGGGCAGGAGACGUAGCGUUAGUGGAACCAAUAAAAAUUACGAAGGAGACGACUAUGACAUGACUACAGACACCGAAGAAGGUGAUGAUGACUCGUCAACGGUGGACACGACUUCCAGUCGAGAGGGCGACGGGAGGGUAGUCGAUGACGUCGCCCUCAAUAUCAGACCAGUGGUAGUGACGACAACGAUAACACUGACACAGAGGACACCGAUGCAGAGACCAACGGCAGCGGAGGUAGCAUUUUCACGACCGCAGACACCAAGUGCGGAAAUCCUUGUGGAAGCAGACGUUGCCGGAGAAGAAGGAGAAAGAGUAGGUCCUCGAUUAGACAGACGAUGGGGUGCAAGAAGAGGAGGAGAAGAAGGAGAAGGAGAAGUAGUAGUAGUUGCUGUGUCACCGGCCUUGGCAGAGGCGUGUGGAAUAACAGGCCACAUAAGCACCACUUCUAAUAUCGCUGAACCUGACACAGCCGAUAGCACUCAGGGAGAUGCCUGAGAUAAAUUGAGCUUGGCGUCCCCCGUCCAUCCUCCGCCUCAAUUUAAGAACGACCUCUCUCCAAUUCUCGUUUAUUGCCCAGACUUGUUUAAUCGUAAAUAAAUAUCCAAAUUUUCAACAAUAACAAAAAAACUACCAAAUUGUGUAUAGUUUUUCCCACGCUAG